AUGGCGGUGCCCACCAAGUUCAGUUUUUCCGUCCGGAGCAUCCUAGACCUGCCCGAGUGCCAUCCGAAGGCUUUUCCCGCGUCCUCAUCAACUUUCUCGGCCGCGCAGUCGCCCUUCGCACCCCUCAACUCCAUCUCCUCCUCUUGCAUCUCCUCAUCUUCCUCCUCCUCCUCCUCCUCGUCGUGGAUGCUCGACUCGGACCCGAGCUCCUGCAUGUCCUGGGAUGAAGGCAGCAGCCUAGAGGCGUCUCCGGACUCUACCAAGCCGGACGAACCGUCGGCGGACGCCGAGCUUCCGUGCGAGGCGGUUUCGGCGGCUGCGGCGGCAGCCAAAAAGAGCAAGAAGCGUCGCGUGCUGUUCUCCAAGUCGCAGACGCUGGCGCUGGAGCAGCGCUUCCGCCAGCAGCGCUACUUGUCCGGCCCCGAGCGAGAGCAGCUGGCCCGCCUGCUCAGCCUGACGCCCACCCAAGUCAAGAUCUGGUUCCAGAACCACCGUUACAAGAUGAAGAGGGGCCGGGGGCCGUCGGCGGCGGACGAUCCGCAGCAGAUGCUGCACCCUCCACUGCUGCGCAGGCUGGUGGUGCCGAUGCCUAUGCCGUUGCCGGUACCGGUGCUGCUCGGCGACGGGAAACCCUUUCAUACCGCCUACAGCUUACUGGACGGUUCGGGCGGCUGCGCGCAGCCGAGGACGCUCCGCCUACCCCUGGCCGCCUACCCAGGCCUCCAAGGCCUGGUGGGCCUUCAGCCGCCCGCAGCUGUGGCCCUGCCACCCCGCCAGCAGCACUUUGAAAACCCGGCGGCCUCCAGGCUCGCUUGGACGGACUUAUGGGGUGACCCGGUCCACUUUGCUCCGUUCAAGUGA